CCGAGCAGCUCCGCGGCGGGAGACACGCCGAGGCUAACGUCCGGCAGAGUCCGACAAAAACGCGAAUGUCGGCGGAGGAGAAGCGUCCAAACCCAGCGAUGGUGGAAACAUUUUCGCGGCAGAUUGAUGUCGUCUCUUCUGAGGGAGGAGAUGCAGCGAGUUUUAUUCCGACCUUCAAAACAGAGACUGGUGGAGUUCAUUGAGAUCGAAGAGCCGACGCCGGGACGACAUUUUAUUUGUGUUGCAGUUGCAAAAAACAAAGUGGUGCAGUUGAGUAUAGUGCGAUGUCAGAUCUCUCAGCCGUCACUUAAGACUGGCUCCAAAAAGACGGACACUAAACGCUCCAGCAUCCAGGACUGCUACAGGAGGGCUGAGGUCUGGUCCCUGCAUGACCUGAUUCUUGUUGAUGGACGGGACCCCGAUGUGGAUGACCCAUGUUUUCUGCUGCACUUUGACACGGUGCGGACGGUGACGGCCGUCAGCUGCUCAGCCAAAUAUGCCUUUGUGCGAGCCCUGGUGGCGCUCAGCGAUCAGCACUGUCAGAUGUCACUGAACCUGCGGAACUUUGACUGGAGCUACAUCAAGCCCACCUCCUUCUACUCCAACAGGGGAGACUGUGUUGUUCUGACACAGAUCUGCUUCUAUGCAUUCAAUCUGGUUUGUCUGUCCAUGUGUCCCGUGCCCCUCGAUGCAUAAUGGAAGGAAACAAUGACUGUGUGUAUGUGUGUGUGUGUGUUUGAGAUUGUGUGUGUGUGUGUCAGUUAUAAAACUGUGGCAGAUUUAUUGUAUAUAACUUGUCUUGAGUAGGAGGUGUGACCUAAGUGUAGUCUUACUGUUGCUUCUGUUGCACAAGCGUCAUUUACCAAGAAAUGUGUUUUGCAUUAAUGUUCUGCUGACUCUAUCUUCAUGGCAAAUGCAAGUUUCAAGCAGCUUGGUAUUUGUUCACAGGAUAAUUUGUGAUGUUUUAAUUAACUAUCCCUGAAAGUAUUCUAUUCUGUGCGCUAAUGUAAAAAUACCAGUUUCAAAAAAUGGAAAAGAAAUAAAACUAUUCAGAAUC